UAAUACUUUCUGAGUGGCUGCAUCACGACGAAAUGUAAAGGGAUACUAUAAAAAAACAAACUUAUAGUUCUAUGUAUUAAUCUUUGCUGGGUUGUUAUACCUCUCGAAGGAAUCAAAUUUAAAUAUUAACUAUGUACAUAAACCCCUAUCUCACGACUUAGAACACCUCACAUCUGCUGUGCGCAGCUGAUAUGUCAUUUGUCAUGGUUAUCAACCUAAUGUGGAAUGUUAAAUUUACCUUUUAGUAACAGAAAGAUUUUUCGUAUUGCCAGAUAAACAACAAAAGCGGAUGGAGAAGUGACUGCACUGGCACUGACUGACCGUCUGGGUACAAAUGCAUUUGUGACAAACAAAAUGGUGAAAACUAUGGUAUUGUGGGAGAAAUGCGUUAAAAAUUCAAUAGUGUUGGCAUUUCUUUUUUCUAUUAUUGAUGUAGCUUUAUCACAGAUUGAUGUACAAACUGUUUCUACGCCUGAAUUAUAUAGUGUUGAAGGUAGAGUGUAUCCUCCCGAUUCGCACAUAUUAUCGAACUGGCAAGCGCAAACUCGUGUGUUAGUAAACGGAGGUGAACACAUAGGAUUUUUGAAGGAAGAUGGUACAUUCAUUAUAAAUAAUGUGCCUUCAGGCUCCUAUGUUGUUGAGAUAGCCAACCCAAACUAUGCAUAUGAGCCUGUCCGAGUGGAAAUAAAUUCAAAGGGUAAAUUCAGAGCAAGAAAAGUUAAUUACAUUCAGACAUCUCAAGUUAUUCAAGUUUCUUACCCCUUAAAGUUAAAACCACUCGCACGAUUGCGAUACUUUCAAGUAAGAGAACAAUGGAGAAUAACAGACUUUCUCUUCAGCCCAAUGGUGCUGAUGAUGGUUUUGCCACUUCUCCUCAUCAUGAUUCUCCCAAAGAUGAUGAAUGACCCUGAAACCAGAAAGGAAAUGGAACAACUGAAUAAUUUGACAAAAUAUGAUAUGCCUGAAAUGUCAGAAGUAUUAACGUCGUUCUUUGGUGGUGAGAAGCCCAAAGGACGUGCAGUGAAGGCCAGCAAAAAGCGACAGUAAUUGUGGUGUGAUAUUUACAGAAGUCCAGUAAAAUUAUUUCUGACUCUGAUACACUAUAUCCAUGUUAAUUAUGUUCUUGAAUCUGAAAUCACCAGACACUUUCAGAAAUAUUUCUAGUGUAUUUAUAAAAUGUUUGUUGUAUUUGGAAGAUUUAAUUAUGUAAAAUACACUGUAUAUACUCGUUAGGAAAUUUUAUUUGCCAAGUAAAUUGUAGUAUUAUUCAUGCCACAAAACAAUUCAAAAACUCUGGUUCAUCUGCACAUCACAAGCUUAAAAAGUAAAUAUUUUAUAACAACUUGAGUUACGUCUAACUUUUUUAACAAAGCAGAUAAUUCAGAAGACAACUUUUUCAAGAAAGUGCAGAGGAUGGUUGUAUUUGACUUGUACAGUGUUAAUUGAAAUAUGUAAAGGCCAUCCUGGCUGUUAAAAAAUAAAGAACUUUUGUGGUAUAUACGUAUAUGAAGUGAUUUUAAAACAGCUAAAAUACAACUUUUAUCACUUUCUUUUCACGUAAUUCUCCUUCCAAAUAAAUUAUGUGGCGUUGUCUGCAUGGAAGUCAACCAAUAUUUAUUUUUUUUUUUUUAAUGGGUGCAUGUUUGUGCCUGUUAGAAUGUCAACAAGUACUAAGUUUAUUUCUGCAUAAUUCCUUUUUGAAGUCCCCUUUUGACAAAAUGUUACUGAAGUACAAUUUUUACUGUAACUGAUUAAGAUAUUUUUGUAAGUAUUAGAAGUCCAUUGCUUGGUAGUUGGACUGGCCCUUCACUCAGUUUACAGACUAGUAAACCAAGCAGCUUUUAAAUAUUUUUCUACCUUCUCAGGCCAAUCGUUUCAACUUUACUACUCUUAUUUCCCAGCUCAAAGAUUUGCAAAAGGUUUCAAUGGGCUUUCCUUCAUUUUCUGGGGCCCAUUUUUUCAAUUGAGAAGAAGGAAAUAAUCUACAAAAUUUAAUAUUGUGUAAUUAAAUAUGUUAAAAACAGUGCCCUAUUAAGAUUUUGAAUGCUUUAUCAUCAGCAAUUUAGCAGGAACAGUUUAUUCAUUGAAGGAAAUUUUAAGUCAUUUCUGAACCUUAAAAUUAAAGUUCCUUAACAUGUUUUGAAACAAUCCAGACAUCAGCAUUACACAUACAGAAAGUUUAAUGAAAAAAUUUGGUGCUUUUUGAGAAGAUCUUGUUUCUAAUACUUCUUGAAAACUACUGUUUUCAAAAUAAAUUAAUAGGACACUUGCUUUUCCAGAAUACUUUUGUAAUACCAAAACCUGCUUUGUACAAUUAUCAUCCUUGCAACUCCAUUUCCUUCUCAUUAAUAGACUACAUUCAAGUUAUUUCAAAAAAUUGUCUCUUGAUUUUCAUCUUUAUUUUGUAAAUCCAUUUAUGAAAAUGGAUUUUAUAAUUUUUAGACUAUAUACCAUAAAAAGAAAUUAACUCCAUUCAUUAAAUAAUGCAUCUGUCACAAAGCAUUAAUUUGUAUAUGAGAUGAAGGCUUGUUCCGAAUUUAAAAAAAUUAAACUGAUUUAACUUCACAUCUUAAUUUUUUUUUAUUACCAUAGGGAUCAGGAAGAGCACUGCAGCAUUACAGAACUAAUUAUGAAGUUUCAUUUAAAAACUUUUCUUUAUUGUAGCUGUAUGAAGACACCACAAUUGUUUUAAACGUUGGCAAUUUUCGAAAAUUCAGAGAAAUUAAUGAAAACAUUACACACACUAUAAAUGUAUUUGUUCUACCAAGAAAAAAAUUAAAGAACAAAUUUUGUUCUAUUUUUGAAAAUGUUUAAUGCUUUAGUGAAGAACCCCUCAAAAUAAAAAUAGUACUUUCAAAUUCAAGGGUCUGCAAUAUCAGACUGAUUGUGGAAUAUGAAUUUUAGUGAAAAUCUUGCCAUUAGUGUCGUUUACAGAUGAACAGCUAGAUAUUUUGCCAUAAUCCAAUUUUUUUGGUAUAAAGUU